AUGUUGUUCUACUUGGCUACUCUCGGUUUGGCAAGGUUCUUAACCGAGAGGGUUCCUGAGUUGAAGGAACAAGAUCCACAGUCUGUGAUGGCAAUUGAAAUUUGGAAGGAUUCGGACUUCCUUUGCCGCAACUAUAUCCUGAACAGAUUGUGUGAUGCUCUUUACGAUGUAUAUCGUAAGAUUGGCACAGCGAGAGCGCUGUGGGAAGCCUUGGAUCAUAAGUAUAAAAGAGAGGAUGCCGACAUAAAGAAAUUUGUUGUUGGUCGAUUCCUCGACUUUAAAAUGGUUGAUUCCAAGACCGUGCUAAGUCAGGUUGAAGAUUUGCAGUUAGUCUUUGACGAGAUCUAUGAUGAGGGCAUGAAGAUAAGUGAGUCAUUUCUAGUGGCAUCUAUGAUCCAUUUGUUGCCUCUAGGGUGGAAGGACUUCAAAAACUACCUGAAGCACAAGCGAAAGGAGAUGAACCUGGAGGACCUGAUCCAGAGACUCAGGUUUGAAGAGGGGAACAGGAAAAUUGACGAGAAGGGUCCUGUCAUUGGUGGCGCUAAGGCCAAGUAG